AAUGAAGAGAAUUUUAUUAACAGUUCUAAUUACUUUGUCAUUAGGAUUACCUGUUUAACCAAAAUUAGAGGAGUAGAAAGUAGAUGAAUUAAAAAAUGGAAAACUGUCUAAAUUUGUGUUAACAUUGGCUUAAUUAUCAAAUAUGCUAGAAAGACCUUUAGGUAAUAAAUCAAUUAAUUUUUUAGUUGAUUUAGAUUUUGCUGUUUAAGAUUUGAGUGAGGAUUUGAGAGAAAUGUAAGAGGAAGUAUCCUAAGACUUUUUUUAAAGAUCAUCAUAACAUAAAAAAAUAAUUGAUGAUUUAGAGGUUUUGCUGGGAAAUGCUUAAAUAGAGAUUAGUAACAGCAUUAACCUUGUGGAAAAUGUACUUAAAAACUAACUUGUAUCUAUAUCUAUUAUUAUACAUGAAAUAGGUCUAAUUGAAUAACAAGCAAUCAUCCUUACAAGACUUUGUGAGUUAAAAUAGAGUGGCCAUUCAAAGGGAAGAUUUGAUGCAUUAAACUAACAGCAAAUAAUAUGAGGAAAAGAGUACGUGAAGUCUCAGUAUUUUUUAGUUACUGAUCAUUAGACAGCAUUGAAGAUUUUAGACAAAGCAUUGGACAUUGUAUAAAAGUUCAUUUCAGGAGAAUUGGAUAUUAAUUAAAGAGUAUUUUAUUGUUGAAUUUACUUAGGACCCAGCUCAAAGAGAUGUUUAAGAACUUUCAGGAUGCUUGAAUAAGAGAUAUGGAAAUUACCCUUUGGUAACUGCUUUAAUAGAGAGUGUUCCAACUUUUGAGAAUCUGAAACAACUCAAGAAGAUAAGACAGAAGCUUGUAAAAGUGAAAUAGGCAGUCUAAGAUCAAUAUAAUGAAGACUUAUUUCAUGAUAAAACUCAAACAUCCUUGUAUGAAAAAAGAAAGACUUAAUUAGAAAAAGAACACUCAAUUUUCUAAUAAUAAAUUGCAGACAACAUAUUCUCUAUAAAUACAAUUUAAUGUAAUUUGAUUAGUUAGUUAUUAAUUAGAAAAGAUAAAAGUGGAAGAAGACUUUUAAGAUAUGAGAAGGGACGAUGUCAAAAGGUAUGCUUAACAAAGAUAAGAUGAGAACGAAGCUUUUGCCUAUGAGAUUGCAAUAUUUUAGGAUUUAAAAAAUAUGUAUUUAACUGAAUAAUAGCUUGGUGAAUAAGCAAUAAAGUAAUCUUAUUUAAUAAUUAUUAGCUUCAUUAAUACAAAAUAGUUUUCUGAUUUAAUUAGAAGUAAUUUGGACAUAGCACUUAGAAAUAAAUGA